CAAUUGAGUCACCUUAAGAAGAGCACACACUACUGAUCGUACCAAUAUGCUUGGUUAUCAGAUUUAUAUAUUUUGUGUUCUAUUGUGUAUUGUAAAAUGUGAUAAAAUCGUCUGUGAUAAUCAGAUUCUAACAGAUUUCAACAACAAUGUAAUUCAUAAAGAAGAAUAUUGUGCUAAAGCACCAUGUAUCAUAACUCCUUGUGAUACAGGUGAAGUGAUAGUGGAAACACUAGACCACAAAUUUAUAUGCAAAAGUGUAAAUGAAAAUUUGCCAGAUAUUAUCAAAACUGAACUUUGGCGGCUACAAACUGUAUAUAAAUUUGUAUAUAAGCUAGAUAAAACUGACAUGAGCUUUGAUGAUUUUCGUUUAAUUCAAUUUAAAGAUCCGACAAUGUAUUCGGAUGACUGCGGUGGUAAUUGGAUGGAAAUUGGUAACCUGACUACGUCGUAUUUUUUAAAGGAUGGUGCUCUGUUGUUAGAUAACCGUGUUAAAGGAGACCCGUUUCAUGUGCGCGUCCUAAAGGAGUACAUAGUAAUGUUCGUACUCAAAGAGACAGAAGGUGGCUUCACUGGACCACAUCUGUAUAUUAAAGUCUUGAGACAAGACGAUCAAACAAUUACGCGGAUUAAUUCCGUGCUGUUCAUAGGAGUAGGUAUGGUGAUAUCCAGUGUUUUCUUAGUGUUGACAUUAAUUAUAUAUAGAAUGGCGAAUAAGAAACAAGGUCUUGAAAUCUGGCAAUACAAUGCCUUUUUAGCGAGCCUUACAGUUGCUGUAUUGACUAGAGCGUCGAUAUCAUUGGGCAUUUGGACAGGAACUAUUGGAUGUACAAGCUGUUUGUUAUUAAGUCCACUACAUAAUGCUGCAUCAUUGAGCUGCCAUAUGUGGCUCAAUACAAUGAUAUACGAUAUUUGUGCUAUUUAUAAGUCUCUUGGUGGACGCGUUAUGGCAUACCCUAUGGGUAUGAUGUACAGCGUCAUCUGCUGUACUCUGUACGCAUGCGUAGUACCUUCGCUGGUAGUGUCCGUAGAACUAGUACUUGAUUGCGUGCAUUUGAAUUAUUUCUCUAAACCUAUGUUCCUCGACUGCGCUGUUACUCCUAAAUCGAAGUUACUAUAUCAAUUGCUGCCGAACUCCAUGGCUCUUGGAAUCAGCUUGAUUCUCACAAUAUUUACUGUUAAAUACAAGAGAAAAGCUGAAGCUGCACUGUCUUUUUUGCAUCUACACGAGGUUAAACUAUACAAGAAGAACAAAAAGCGAAUGAUUGUUUGUUGCUCCAUAAUGAUGGUGUUGUUAGGGAAUUCAUUAUGUGAAAUUAUAGUCAAUGGUAUUGCAAGGAUAUCUUCAUGGCUUGAAAUUGUACUUAAUACGUACAUCGCAUAUAUGGGGCUGAUCAUCACGAUUAUUUUCAUUACUACAAAUAAAACAAUGUUGACAUAUUGUAUGAAAUUCUGUACAUCAUGCCGUAACUCUUCAUGGAGGACUACAAAUAGUGUAUCAUCCAUUAAUUCGCUGAAGAAAUGCGAAGAAAUAGAUAUUGGCAUACCCCAAGAAAAUCGAAAUAGGUAUAGCAAGAAUAUUUCGUUUUAUUUUGAGACGAUAGUUGCAAGAGAUGAUACUACACACCCCGCCACCGAUCUUCGAAACCAAAUUUGACAUUAUCUUUUUUAAUAAUAAUAAUAAUAAAUAAUAAAUUUAUUGCCAUUCUUCACAGAAAUUAUAAUGUACAUAUAUUAAUUAAUAAAUAUAUUGUGCAGUAUUCGUAUGCGCCUGGCAAUAGGUACAAACUCAGCUUUUGCUGGAUUGAUGUUCGUUCAGCGCUGAUUUUCAGUUUGCACCUACACGGGGCACCGUUUCAUUAUCAAAUAUUUAUAUAUAUUGAUGUAGAUAUUACACAAAAAGUAAAAGAAAAAAUAAAAACUCAAAUAAAUAAAUAUAAAAACAAUGAAUAAAAGAAAAAAAAAAACAGAACAAGAAUCCAGUGUACCAACAAAUCAAUGACAAGAAAAAUCCCUAAAAAGUGAUAUACAUGUUAACUUACUGACUGUGACAGAGUUAUUUUUUUAUACAACUUAGAAUGGCAAACAAGCUGACGGUCCACCUGAUAGAAAGUGGUAACCGUCGCCUAUAGACAUGAGCAGUACCAUGGACAUAACAGAGUAUACUGUGUCGAGUUAAUUUUUGAUAAUAAAGAAAGAAUGAGAUACUUUAGUUAUAUUUUAAAAGAUUUUACGGGAAGAUGUUAUUAAUUCCUUCCAUAAUUUUUGUGGUGUUCAGGGUUUCUAUAGACGUCGGCAGUAGGGUAUAAAGAGGUGCACUUGUUCCCCCUGUUAGGAAAGAAAAUACAGGUUUGUUAUAAAACAUAAUUGUACAAAUUAUCUGUCCUUAUUAAAAUUAUAAAUGUGAAAAUGAAUUUGUUUACUUUAAGUACCUUAACGGCUUAACCAAUUAUUAUGAAAUUUGGUUCACAAAAUUUCUACUAUAUGGAAUGAAAAAGGAGGCUAUUUUUUAUCGCGGUCAGUAAAUAUAUCCCGGUUACGCAGACGAAAUUGUGGGUAAAAGCUCGUAUUUUAUAUUUUAUUAGUUACUUCUAUAGUAUGUAGAAAGGGAUAGCUAAUUCUUUGCCAUGUGAUUCCGACAUAGAAUGGCCACCCUUUCUUUCCUGUGGGUGUAAGAGGCGACUAAGUCAAUUUAAUGGUUGAGAGAUGAGUAGCAGUGUCACUCUUAAAACAUCGCCAAAGCUUAACUACAAUUGCCAACCCGUCUGCUAAAUGUGGCAACUACUGGCAAAACUCCCUAAAAAGUAAAAAUAAUUUUAUGGUUCUUAUAGAAAAAAUAGAAUUUUAAUUUUCUAGGGUGACGUAUCGAUUCGCUGGAAUCUAUAUGUCAUGUCUAGUUCAUAUUACGUUUGAAACAGUGGCAUAUCAAAAAUAUCUAUGUAUAAGGUAAUUUAAUAAAAGUCAGAGAAUCUUAAGUCUUAAUCGUCUUAAAUAAACAUUUAUCGAAAAUCAAACUUCAAAAUAAGUCAAUGGUGGUGGUCUCGAAAGACCACCCAGAAUAUUUGUAGGCAUAUAGAGAUAUAAAUAAGCGAUACUUUAAAAUUAAUCUCCCUUAUUCCAAUUAUUCGGAAUUUAGCAUUAUUUUAGUUUUUGUAGUAUUCAUCGAUAGCCAACCCUACUUUAUCACUUUCAUACACCAAUUUCAUACAACUCUAGAGGAGGCUGAACUGGACUGGAAUAUGCUGGACAGUAAGACAAUCAUCACGUACUGGUGUCAAAUAAAUAAUAAAAUGAUUGUAAUUACAUUUUAAUAAAGAAAGUUAAAUAAAGGCUAUUAUUUAUAUUUUAUUUUAUUAUUAUUCCAAUAAUUUGGUAUCAGUAUAUUAUAUUUUAUGCAUAUUACUUAAGGUUUUGGCUUUAAGACCGGUAGUCUGCCUGACGUUAUCCCUCUCUGAGAAUAUGUUUGUUGGUGGUAUUCGCGCCAAAUACGAGUAUGGUGUAUAGGAAAGGAUUGAGGAAAAUGGAAAUUUAUGAGGACAAGGAAAUGAGAAAGUGAUAAUUCAAAAUACUAAUAAUAAUAAUAAACUUAUUAUUGAUAUUUUACAAUAUAAAUAUAGACUUUAAGGCAAACCGCAGGAAAAUAUUUGACAUCAAUACCACCUACUAUAUGUGUUGAUAUAAAAUUUUAUUAAAAAUUAAAAAUAUUAGUUUACGUAAAUAUAAAUUAACUAUUCGUCAUCUUAUUAGCCUUUAACUGUCCACUGCUGAACAUAAGCCUCCCUCUAGAUGGGGUUUUCCAGUAGUUGCCAUGUUUGGCAUGCGAACUGGCAACCGUAGUUAGGCUAAAGAAUUGUUUUAAGAGGGACGCUGCUGCCUAUUCCUCGCGUGCAUUAGUCACCUUUUACGCCACCACUGGAAAGGAAGGGGUGGCCUAUUCUAUGCCGGGACCACACGGGAAAAUUAACUUUUAAACCCAAACAAUUAGCACAAGCCAUA